AUGACCUUGCGCUUGUUAAGUGAAAUAUCUACAACUCUCUCUCAUAAAUAUCAUUGGGGUGGGAGGAGAGAGAGCGAGAGCGCUAUUGCUGCGGAACCGCCUAAAGAGGAAUGGGACACCACUGACCUAUCUCAGCCUGAAAGUCUGGAGACUAAUUUCCACAGUGCAGAAAAGAAGUGGGAGGACCUUCGUGUAGAUGGUCGUGGCUGUGAAGACUACAGGUGCGCUGAAGUAGAAACAGAUGUUGUAUCAAACACAAGUGGAUCUGCAAGAGUGAAGCUGGGACACACUGAUAUUUUGGUAGGUGUAAAAGCUGAAAUGGGAACACCAAAGUUGGAGAAACCAGAUGAAGGCUACCUGGAAUUCUUUGUUGACUGUUCUGCAAAUGCUACUCCUGAAUUUGAAGGCCGGGGAGGAGAAGAGCUUGGCACAGAGAUAGCAAAUACGCUCUACAGAAUAUUUAGCAGUGAGAGCUGUGUAGACUUGAAAUCACUUUGUAUUAAUCCCCGAGAGCACUGCUGGAUUCUCUAUGUUGAUGUUUUGUUACUGGAAUGUGGUGGGAACCUCUUUGAUGCAAUCUCUAUCGCAGUGAAAGCAGCCCUUUUUAACACAAGAAUACCAAAAGUGCGUGUUUUGGAGGAUGAAGAAGGCUCUAAAGAGAUUGAGCUCUCUGAUGACCCUUAUGAUUGCAUUCGACUUAACGUGGAUGAGGUGCCCUGCAUUGUCACGCUGAGCAAAAUCGGGUAUAGGCACGUGGUGGAUGCUACCCUUCAGGAAGAAGCCUGUUCUUUGGCCAGCCUGCUUAUUUCUGUGACCAGUAAAGGUGAUCUCACUUGUAUGAAGAAAGUUGGAAAAGGUAGUCUUGAUCCAGAGAGCAUCUUUGAAAUGAUGGAGACGGGAAAGAGAGUAGGCAAGUCAUUGCACACAUCCCUACAGAAGAUUUUGGAUGAAGAGGAGAGUUUGGGGACCACACGGCAAAAAGUUGGAUUUCUAGGAUGAGUUUUUAUUAAAUAUUCAAAAGUGUUUUUAA